AUGCAGUUCCUGCGGAGCAGCCUCUCGGACUCGAGCGCGGGCGGCGAUGGCCGGGGUGCCGCAGCAACGGCAGCGGCGGCGGCGUCUAGCCUGCACCAGCGGCAUGUCGACAACGCCGGCGCCGGUGCCAGCGGCGCCUCCCCGUAUCCCGCCGCCAAUAACGCCGCAAAUUCCGGUGCCCCUGCCCCGGGACUGGCUCCCCUGGCGACUGUUUCUUCCGCGGGCACUACCGCCUCUGCCGCCGCCGCAGCAGCUUCAGGUGUUGGCGGCGACGACGACAGUGAUCGCUCCGCCACGAGGAAGCCCGCUGACGGCAACGGUGGUGGUGAUGGUGAUGGUCGUCGGCAAGAGGAAGAGCGUUGCAAGAUCUGCCACAUGGGGUCGGUCGACGCGCUGCUUCUACCGUGCGGGCACCUGUGCGCCUGCCACUCGUGCGCCUCCGUUCUGGUCGUUUGUCCCAUCUGCCGCGCGGACAUCUACCGCGUACAGCCCGUGUACAGGUCCUGA